AUGGCAGAGGAGGUGACUGGCAACUCACCAAAAUGGCUGCGAGACAGCAAGGAAUCUGCCACACGCGAACUUGGCGAAGACAGCAAGACUGGUAGCAAGUAUGAAUUUAACAAAGGCAGCAAAUCAUUGAAGCAGUUGCAGAACAGUAAGGCAGAUGUCACAUAUGACUUGCCUGAAGGUAUUCUUGGCAGCUCCACUGAACAACCACAAGAUAACAAGACUGAUGUUGUGUAUAGGCUCUAUGAAGACAG